UAAUAAAAAAGAGAUACUUCAUCGGGCCUGGAAGAUGUAUCAGGAUAAGUUACUUGAUAUACCUAAAUUUUUGGCAUGUGUAAACAACUUUUUAGGCUGUCUUCAAAAAUUUACUUGUAUCACUGAAUCUUUGCAUGUUGAUUUAUUUGUAAAUAUACAAGCACAUAAUAUUGCUGUUCAUCCAGUACCAUACCUCAGAGGAAUAAACAUUGGAGGUGAUGAUGGCAUUGUAUUUUUAAAAAUUCAACAACCUGUAAUUGGGGAAAAUAUUUUUUACGUUAACAACCUAGCACAUUCGAAAUGUUCUUUGUGUCAAAAAAAUAUUGGGGAUAUGAUAAGUCUUCCUUGUUGGCACUGGUUUGGUUGUAACUUAUGUGCUCAGAAAUUUACAAAUCAAGCUAUUAAUCAGAAAGCUGAUUUACUAUGCCCAAUAUGCUCUGAAAUAAUCCGUGCAUUCCAAAGAAUCAUUAUAACUUGAUUCAUUAAUCUAACUACGUACUAUAAGUGAAUGGGAUUAGUUUGCUUUGGACUGAAGAUAGU